GGAUACAGGAUUAAUUCGCCCAUAUAAUUUCGCCUGCAAACAAUAGACCGCUUUCAUUUGACACAGUAGUUACACAUAGCUAUCGGUUAAAUGACCGAAAAUAUUGAACAACAACAGAUUUCGGCUUUAUUAUAACCCUGUAACCCGGAAGUUACAGUGUUGUGAAGCCUGCCUAUCCAGCCAGCCCAUGGUGUAAAAAAAACGCCUCCGCCAAUGACUCAAGAGGAGGACGGAGGUGAGAUUACCAGGGAUUCUCAGCAGCAACGGUCCUGUAUAUGUAUACAGGGAAAUAAUCGCAAUGGGCAGCACCGACUCAAAAUUAAACUUCAGGAAGGCGGUGAUCCAGCUCACGACCAAAACACAGCCAGUGGAAUCCACGGACGAUGCCUUCUGGGAUCAGUUCUGGGCAGACACAACUACCACUGUCCAGGAUGUUUUUGCACUGGUGCCAGCUGCGGAGAUAAGAGCUGUUCGAGAGGAGUCUCCCUCAAAUUUAGCAACCCUCUGCUAUAAGGCUGUGGAGAAACUGGUGCAGGGCGCAGAGUCUGGCUGUCCCACUGAGAGGGAGAAACUAGUAAUCCUGAACUGUGCUCGCAUCUUGACCCGUAUACUUCCCUAUAUCUUCGAGGACCAGGACUGGAGAGGAUUCUUCUGGUCAACAGUGCCUGGUGCUGGCCGGGCUGGGACGGAUGAGAUAGAUGAUGAUGAUGGAGCUCGGCCUCUGGCUGAGUCGCUGCUCCUAGCCAUUGCAGACUUGCUUUUCUGCCCUGACUUCACUGUGCAUAGCCACAAGAGAGGCCCUGACUCGGUAGAGAGCAUGCAGUCUUUAGACAGUUGUGAGUACAUCUGGGAGUCAGGGGUGGGAUUUGCACAUUCACCCCCUCUCAACUACAUCCACGACCUGAACAGGGCAGAGUUGCUGAGACUGUUACUAACCUGCUUCUCUGAGGCCAUGUACUUGCCACCUUCAUCAGAUCACAAUGUCCUCAACCCCUGGGUGACAUUCUUCUGCUCUACAGAAAAUAGACAUGCUCUGCCUCUGUUCACAUCUCUGCUGAAUGUGGUGUGCGCCUAUGAUCCCGUGGGCUAUGGCAUCCCGUACAACCACCUGCUCUUUUCUGACUACCGAGAGCAGCUGGUGGAGCAGGCUGUACAGAUCCUCAUUGUGACACUGGAGCACGAUGGUGGGAUUCCCCACCGCCCUGCCUCUCCAUGCUGCAUAGAGGAGCAAGAGUCUGCAGGCCCUGAAAACUUGUUUGCAAAUUAUUUGUCAAGGAUUCACAGAGAGGAGGACUUUGACUUUGUGCUGAAGGGCCUAGCUCGCCUGCUGACUAACCCUUUGACUCAAACUUACCUGCCUAACUCCACCAAGAAGAUCCAGUUUCACCAGGAAAUGCUGGUGCUUUUCUGGAAACUUUGUGACUUCAAUAAGAAGUUCCUGUUUUUUGUACUGAAGAGCAGUGAUGUGCUGGAUAUUUUGGUUCCUAUACUCUAUUACCUGAAUGAUGCCAGGGCUGAUCAGUCACGUGUUGGACUCAUGCAUAUCGGUGUGUUCAUUUUGCUGCUGCUGAGUGGAGAGAGAAACUUUGGUGUGCGCUUGAAUAAGCCUUAUUCCGUUCAUGUGCCGAUGGACAUCCCUGUGUUCACAGGGACUCAUGCUGACCUUCUUAUAGUGGUGUUUCACAAGAUAAUCACUACAGGCCACCAGCGACUCCAGCCUCUCUUUGACUGCCUACUCACCAUCAUCGUAAAUGUUUCUCCCUAUUUGAAGAGCCUGUCUAUGGUGGCAGCCAAUAAAUUGCUCCACCUGUUAGAAGCCUUUUCCACCAACUGGUUCCUGUUCUCUGCAGCCCAGAAUCAUCACCUUGUCUUUUUCCUUCUUGAGGCUUUCAACAAUAUUAUCCAGUACCAGUUUGAUGGAAACUGCAACCUGGUUUAUGCCAUCAUUCGCAAACGUAAUGUGUUUCACCAGCUGGCCAACUUGCCCUCUGACCCCAGUUCCAUUCAAAAAGCUUUGCAAAGGAAGAAGAAGUCACCAGAUGUCAUUUCCCGCACAAGUUCCCAAGAAACUGUAUCCAUGGAGGGUUCACACCCUGCAGUGCCAGCAGAACCUGGUACACUAAAGGCCAGUCUAGUUGCCAUACCAGGCAUCGAUAAGCUGACCGAGAAGUCGCAGGUAUCAGAGGAUGGCACUAUGGUGUCAGUUCCAAAGACCAACUCACCUCACGUUGUCCUCUCAGACCAGAGUGCGGUUGCUGGGACCAGUGACACUGAGUCCAACUCAGGCAGAGACAAUGAAGAUGUUUUCUACACUGAAGCAGAAAUGGAGAGAAGACGUUUGUCAAGUGUGUCUUCAACAUCCUAUUGGGCUCCCACACCUGAAUGGGUCCUUUCUUGGAAGUGUAAGCUACCCCUUCAGACUAUCAUGCGUCUUCUACAAGUACUAGUUCCUCAGGUGGAGAAGAUCUGUAUUGAUAAGGGUCUCACAGAUGAAUCAGAGAUCCUGAAGUUUCUUCAGCAUGGCACAUUAGUGGGCCUGUUGCCAGUUCCUCACCCCAUCCUCAUCAGAAAGUAUCAAGCCAACGCAGGCACUGCCAUGUGGUUUCGUACCUAUAUGUGGGGCGUGGUUUAUUUGCGCAACGUGGAUCCUCCUAUCUGGUAUGACACCGAUGUCCGCCUUUUUGAGAUCCAGCGGAUGUAGUCAGAAGACUUUGACUGAAAAGGAGGCUGUUCCUACUCCAGAAUUCCCUUUUCCUCCAGUAGCUGCUGUAUCACAUUGUGUUUUGCUUUCCUAGUAAUCAUAAUGCUUGAUCCACCCACUUGGGUAGGAUUGUUAUUCAGAUGAGUAGGUUGAGACUCCUCUGAGAUAUCAACAUUGGCCAUAAACAACUGUGUUUGUACAUUUAAGACCACAGAAUGUCUGUGAAAACACUGAGAGGACUGGAGUAUUUGUUCAAGGCAGGGGCUCUGUUCUGGACAGUACAGAAUAUGAACUAUUGAGUUUCUUAGAUUUGUUCAAGGAUAGGCUGCCAUCCAACAAAGGCUUAUACACAUCUUGGAUGGCACAAUAUUAGCGUUUCAUGUUAUUUAUUGUACUUGCCAUGCUUGCACCUUUUGUGUUAUGGUUGUAGUUUAUGUGAUAAUGUCCAAAGAACAAUACAGAGUAUGUUUUUAUGUUCAUGA